AUGUACGCGGUGAAGCGCGACGGAAGCGAAGAAACCGUUAGCUUUGAUCAGAUCAGUGCACGGCUCAAGAAGCUUAGCUAUGGGCUUAGCAGUGACCAUUGCGACAUCGCACUCGUUGCUCGGAAAGUCUGUGCCGGUGUCUAUGAUGGAGUCACCACGACUCAACUCGACGACUUGGCUGCUGACACUGCUGCUGCCAUGUCUUGCGACCAUCCUGAUUACGCCACCCUUGCUGCUAGGAUUGCUGUCUCGAAUCUUCACAAGAACACUAAGAAAUCAUUUUCUGAGACGGUUUAUGACAUGUCCAAGGCUUCACUAAUAGCUGAUGAUGUGACUUUCAUAGUUAGCAAGAACGCUAAUCGCCUGGACAGUGAAAUCAUCUAUGACCGGGAUUUUCAGUAUGAUUACUUUGGGUUUAAAACUCUUGAGAGAUUGUACCUCUUGAAAGUCCAAGGGAAAGUUGUUGAAAGGCCUCAACACAUGCUUAUGAGGGUUGCUGUUGGAAUCCACAAGGACGAUAUCGANUCUGCAAUCAAANCUUACCAUUNNAUGUCUCAGAGAUGGUUCACNCACGCAUCUCCUACUCUCUGUAACGCAGGAACUCCAAGGCCUCAAUUAAGCAGCUGCUGUCUUAUCUGCAUGAAAGAUGAUAACAUCGAGGGCUUAUACAAAACACUCAAAGAGUGUGCUGUUAUAAGCAACUCUGAUGAUAGUACUGGUGUCUCGGUUAAUAAUGCACGUGGAACUGGAAGCUACAUCAGUACUGUUGCAAUGAUGCGUGUAUUCAACGAUACCGCUCAUUAUGUUGAUGAAGGAGGAGGCAAGAGGAGUGGAGCCUUUGCUGUAUACUUGGAGCCAUGGCAUGCUGACAUCUUUGACUUUCUUAAGCUCCGGAGGAAGCACAAAAAGCAGGAGCACAGGACUAGAGACUUGAUUUAUGCUAUCUGGGUUCCAGAUCUUUUCAUGAAGAGACUCCGUAGAGAUGGGCACUGGUCACUGUUUUGUCCUGAUGAAGCUCCGGGGUUGGCAGAUUGUUGGGGGAAGGAAUUUGAGAAACUGUACACCAAGUAUGAAAGAGAGGGAAAGGCCAAGAAGGUUAUUGAGGCGGUAGACCUUUGGGUUGAAAUCUUGACAUCCCAGCUAGAAACACAAGGAAGACCAUGCAUGCUUUUCAAGGAUUCAUGCAACAGAAAAAGCAAUCAGCAAAAUAUGGGUACCAUAAAGUCCUCCAGUUUAUGCGGUGGAAUUAUUGAAUACACUAGUCCAACAGAAACUGCUAUGUGCAAUCAUGCAUCUAUUGCUUUGCCAAGAUUUGUAAGGGAGAAGUACGUCCCAUUGGAGUCUCAUCCAUCCAUGCUUGUUGGCAGUCUCGGCUCAAAGAAUCGUUACUUUGAUUUUGACAUGCUAGCCGAGGUAACUGCUGCUGUUACGAUUGAUUUAGAUAAGAUAAUUGAUGUUAAUCAAUAUCCUGUGGAGACUGCAAGAACUUCAAACAUGCGUCAUCGACCUAUUGGUAUUGGUGUACAAGGUCUUGCAGAUGCAUUUAUCCUCCUUGGAAUGCCAUUUGACUCUCCAGAGGCCGGACAACUGAAUAAGGAUAUAUUUGAAACUAUAUACUACCAUGCACUCAAAGCAUCUUCAGAGCUUGCUGCAAGAGAUGGUGCGUACGAGACAUACAAAGGAAGUCCCGUGAGCAAGGGGAUUCUUCAACCAGACAUGUGGAAUGUAACUCCAUCGACCCGCUGGGACUGGGAUUUGAUUAGGGACAUGUUAUCAAAGAAUGGAGUGAGGAACUCUCUUUUAGUAGCACUGAUGCCUACUGCCUCAACCAGUCAGAUUCUCGGGAACAACGAAUGUUGUGAGCCAUAUACAUCAAACCUUUACAGCCACAGAGACUUGAGUGGUGAAUCCAUCGUAAUGGUGAAUAAACAUCUUCUUCAUGACUUAAUUGAGAUGGGAAUUUGGACUCAAGCUCUGAAAAACAAAAUCAUUUAUAGGAAUGGAUUUGUGGCAAAUGUAUCAGAGAUACCUGAAGAUUUGAGACAAAUCUACAGAACUGUGUGGGAAUUGAGACUAUUAUACUUGCUCGACAUGGCUAUUGAUCGUGGAUGCUACAUAGAUCAAAGCCAAAGCUUAAACAUACAGGUGGAUGAAGCGGAUAUAAGAAAACUCCAUUGUUUGCAUUUAUACUCUUGGCUCAAAGGAUUGAAAACAGGUAUGUGCGACAUGCAGUUACGUGUUCGCGCUGAUGUAGUAGCCGAAGAAGAAAACCAAGGGAGGAAAAAGCUAUCGGCUUCUUCUUCCCACCAUUUCUCUGAAACCACCUCCUUUCUCCGGCAACGGCUUUCGCAUGCUGUUUCGUAG